GGUGCUGGUGGAAAGUUAACUUUCCGAAGAGUUGGUGAAGGAAAAGCAAGCCAAAGUCCUCCACUGAUGAGAAGACAGACAGUGGAUCCUCUUCGUAACAGUAUUGCUGGAUCAAGACAAACCACACCAAAUACAUUCACCAGAUCGUAUACUUCACUGGGGACAAUGGGUAGAUGUUAUGGUCGUGGAAACAACUACCUUGCAGAUUCACGCAUGGGCAAAGGCUAUGGGAGCAGCUCAGUCUCGAAUAACGGUCUAGGAAAUACUGAGAGAACAGCUUCGAGCUCCUCCCUCUCCAGCAGCACGUCAUCAAGUGGGCAGUCAUGGGCAGAUAAGGUGCGAGGGGCUCCACUCUCCCUUCAGUCCUCUCAGCUCUCUCUACAAGAUGAUGGUGAAGGAUGGGAAGUUGUUCGUCGAGGAAGGCGUAGUCACGGGGGUAGUACAGCAUCACUCAAUAGCAACAAUCACCAUGGUCAUAACAGUCAUUCCAUCAAGGACACUCGAAGUGGCAGCUUGAAGAUGGAUGGUCAUUGUGGUGGAGAAAUAAAGCAACGUUUUCAUGUUCCAAGUUCUGCCACAUCUAUGCCAUCCUUGGCCAUUAGUGAGAGCAGUGUGUCAAAUGAUGUGCCAAAGACCAGGGAGGAAACUAAUGGUCUAUGCAUAGGGAGAGACAGUCAAAGGAACUGUACAGUAUCCAAAAGUCAGAGCUUGCCUGGUGACAAAAAAUCUUCAGUAAAUAUUGAUAGAAAUGAAGACAAAAAGGUUUGUGGAGUAGACUUGAAGAAAUUUUUUUUGAAUGAUUCAAAAAGGACCGAUGGUCGAAAAAAUCGUAGAAAUGUAAAAAGCGUGGAGGAAACUGACAUAAAUAAUUGUCAGAGGGAUAAUCAAACUAGUGUAAUAGAGAAAGAUAGAAAACAAAAUUCUCUCAGUGAUGUAAAAGAUGGCAGCAGUUGUGUUGACUCAAACCUUGCUGAAGCUGAUGUACAUUCAAAAGUUGAGGAUGAUAAGCAUACCUCAGUGAGUAUACAAAUGUCACUGCAGGAAAAGGAUGAAAAUAGUGUUUUGGAGAAUUUACAUGAAAGCAAUGGAGUCCUUGUUAGCCACUUAUGUGACCCCUCCAUACCUGAAACUUCAGAAACCAGUGAUGCUGAUGAUGAUGAGGGAAAAAGUGAAGCUAGUCUACCAUCAGAACACUUGGAAACUGUAGCUAUUGAGCCAGAUCUUCUACAAGCUGAACAAGACAACAGGAAUUAUGAUAGUGACAGUCAGAUGGAUGAGGAAGAGAUGCGUAACAAUGCUGCUGCUCUUGAGUCUGCUGUUCAGGAAGAGCAGCGUCUAAAACAGCAAAUAGAAGAAACAGAGAAGACAGAGAUAAAGGUUGAUGAUGUUGAUGAAUGCGAGGAAGAUGGCAGUGAUGUGUUUGAGGCAAGUGGCAGGUCAACAUCACCCCUCACACCACCUUAUGACUCACUCUUAUCAACACUCAGUUGGGCAGAUCAAGUAGAUGCAAUGGAGUCGUUGGAGGAGCUGCGUCAUCCUGGUCGUGUUUUACAUAUUCACGAGAAGCUAUCAUCACCGUCAAGAAAACGUUCUUUAUCAGAAAAGAUGCGGCGGCACGAGGAAAAACUGGCGAAGGCUCAGGAGCUCCGGGAGAAUUUCAUACAAGCGAAGACUGAUAAACUGAAAGAUCUGUUUAAGAAGAUUGAAGAAGUACGUCAGGACAAGGAAUGUCUUCUAGACAAGAAGAGAGAAUUGUUUCAGCGCAAGAUGCAACGAGCCGAAGAAAAACGCAAGCAGCACCUUCAAGAAAUAGUAAACAAAGCUCACGAUGAGGAAAACAAAGCUAAAGAAAUAGCAUUUAUCAAUGGUUUAGAAGCUCAGAAUAAGCUGCAUGAUAUUAUGCAACAGCACCAAAGCCAUGAGUCUCGUUUGGCGGACAUGGCCGAGGAGCGGACUCGAAGACAAGAAGAAAAAGCUGCUAAAGAAGUUGCAGCUCAAGAGAGACGUAAAGCACUUGAGGCAGAAAGACAGGCUCGAAUGGCAGAACUGUGUGAGAAGAGACGUCGACGUUGUGAACGUAUUGAUCGGCAGCAAGCAGAAAGACGUGAAGAACUUCUAGAACAAGCCCGAGAAAAAGCUCGAGACCGUGAGGAAAGACUCUCAGCGCUGCAGCAGGCUCAGCUAGCCAAAGAGUCAGAAUUGGUAAAAAAAAUUCAACAGAAGCAAGAAGAAUCUGCUCGUCGUCAUGAAGAAAACAUUGAACAAAUUAGACAGCGAGCCCUUGAGUCUUCAAUUAUGAAAUACUCAAGAGGGUGUGAUGAUGCCCCAAAACUUGUCAGGUAUAAAUAA